CUUCACUUGAAUUUUAACGGGCGGGAAAAAAACCUUAGGGCCCACCCCUCUCUCUCCAAAACCAAAACACAUUUUUCAAACCUCUCUCUCUCUCUACUUUCAGAUUCUCUUAUUCUCUUUCUCCGGCCAGAUUUGGAAGUAUUGGCCUUUGCUUUGUCGGCGCCGAACAUUCAUCACCGACAAUUUCACAGCUCCAUUUCGAAUCAAAGGGAACUGAAUCAAUCUAGCUAGUAGUAGACACACCCAAAUCGGCACCUUUGUUUGAUUCAAUAGAGUCUUAUUAAGAUUUUGAAAGAUGGGUAUUGAAAACUAUCACGUGAUUGAGCUCGUCGGGGAAGGUUCGUUUGGUAAGGUAUACAAGGGGAGGCGGAAAUUUACAGGACAGACCGUUGCAAUGAAAUUCAUAAUGAAGCAUGGGAAAAGUGAGAAGGAUAUUCAGAAUCUAAGACAAGAAAUUGAGAUUCUAAGAAAGUUGAAGCAUGAAAAUAUCAUCGAAAUGCUUGACUCCUUUGAAAGUGAACAGGAGUUUUGUGUUGUCACAGAAUUCGCACAAGGUGAACUGUUUGAGAUUCUUGAGGAUGAUAAGUGCCUUCCAGAAGAACAAGUUCAAGCAAUUGCAAAGCAGUUGGUGAGAGCGUUGCAUUACUUGCACUCAAACCGUAUCAUCCAUCGUGAUAUGAAGCCACAAAACAUUCUCAUUGGUGCUGGGUCUGUGGUUAAGCUUUGUGAUUUUGGGUUUGCACGUGCAAUGUCCACGAAUACUGUUGUUUUGAGAUCCAUAAAAGGCACUCCACUGUAUAUGGCUCCGGAACUGGUACGGGAACAGCCUUACAACCACACGGCUGAUUUAUGGUCCCUUGGAGUUAUUCUGUACGAAUUAUUUGUUGGACAGCCCCCAUUUUAUACAAAUUCUGUGUAUGCACUCAUCCGGCAUAUUGUUAAGGAUCCAGUUAAAUAUCCAGACAAUAUGAGUCAAAAUUUCAAAAGCUUUUUGAGGGGUUUGCUUAAUAAGGUACCACAAAACCGACUAACUUGGCCCACCCUUCUUGAGCACCCCUUUGUUCAAGAAACUUCAGAUGAAGUGGAUGCUAGGUAUCUAGCAAUCCAUUUCCAGGAAAUGCGUGCUGCAACUGCUGCAGCUAGAGGAUGUGAUGCAGCAUGGAGAGGUGAAGGUAAAAGCAACUCUCCAGCUACUUUUGAGAGCAAUAAUGGUCCAAGCCUUAAGAGUGAUGCUCACUUAAAUAGUCCAAACUCAGCAACAUGCAAUCCUUCACCACGUGAGGAGUUAUCACGGUUUGCAAGUCCUAAUGAUGCUAAACAAUCAGGUUGUCAGACAUUGGACAGACUGGAAAACACUUCCCGCACAGUCAAGGGAGCACAAAUAAUUGGUCAAGAUAACGAAGCAUUAGCACAUGUUUUGCUACAGUUGAAAAGAUGGUCUACUGGAUCUCAAAAUUCUUGCAGGGAUCAAGAUGUUAUUAGUUCAAGUCAGUCGCUCAGAAUUCUUUUGAACCUACUUGCAGCUGGUGCCAUCAAUUCUAGUGGACUACUUGAUGAAAUAAUGCGUGAACUUCUUGUUUUCACUGCUACUGUUGUUAGCUUGAAAUCUUCUGAAUUUAAUGACUUAAUAGCAAAGAGUUUUUCAGUGAUCAAAAUGGUGCUUGAUAAUUGUGGAAGUGGCAUUGCAAGUUCAUAUUUCAGGCACUGGGUUGCAUUAUCUGAGAUUUUUUCACAGGUUGUUGGUUGCAAUGAAGAGGCAUGUGGAAGAGUUUUGUACGAGUCCAGUGCUUGCAUUACCAUCAUGUUAUCCAGAGUUGCUCAGGGUCUUAAGGCAACUCAUUUGACUUCGAGUCCUGAAGCGGGUUCUGCUCUUAAUGAAACAUUUAAAAAAAUCUUGGAUCAUGCUAAAACGACUGGCUUAGUGGAUCUUUUGUGUCACUGCUUAGUAAAUUCAGGCUCAAGUCUUAUUUCGGGUUCUUCAAAUAUGUUGCGUGCUGCAUGUGAAGCAUGUAGGGCUACUUGGUCACUCAUAGAUGCAUUGGAAACCCUUUUCCUGAGGGAAAGUCCCCUUUUAUUUCCAUUAAAUGCUUUGCGGAGUCAUUCGUUAGUUCGACUUGACAUUAGGGACCAUGAACGAGGCUCAUUGAUUGGCACUGAAUCAGCAAAAAUUGUUGAUGUGGUGACAAGAACAUUUGUUAGGUCAAAAGCGGUGCAGGUUGCCAUUUACUAUUGCCUUCAUCAACGACUUGAAGCUGCAAUGUCUGCUGGCAUUCAGCUCUUGUCAAGGUGUUGUGUACAUAGUGGACUUGUUCCAGGUGUUCUUUGUGGACUUCCCAGUUCCUUACCUGUAACUACUGUUGUCAGUGGUGGAGGGGAUGGUACUCUUGUCUCUGAGAUAUUCUCUAUAUUGUCUCUCUGCACUUCAUCUUCAAAUAAAGAUCCACAAACAGGAGAAACAAAUAAUUUGAGGUGUAAAUUAAGCAAUCCUUAUACCUUGGUUCUUCAUUCAUGCCUAAUCCUUGCAACAGUUGCACAGUGUUUAAAGUCCACUGGAAGAAAUUCUGCAUUGUUUAUGCUUACAACCUCCCCAAAGAAGCAGCAAUCUCGACUUUCAGGGCUUGCACACCAUUUUUCUUCCUCUGAUGACGGAAUUAACUCAUUUCAACCUCAUAGUGCGUCAGCUAUGCUGGCUCUUGCAUCCAUUCUAUCCCUUGAAGCUGGAUCUUCUAUUGAGUCUCCAGUCUCUGAAAAUGCUCUGCCUUUGAUUCCUAGAACUGCCACACUUUGUGAUUAUCUCAAAUAUUCAUCUAGUAAUGAAACUGAAGUGGAUCCCAGUUACCUGAAUGGUGUUCUCUCUUAUUGGCAUGGCCUUAGAGAUGGAUGUGUUGGCUUGUUAGAGGCCCGGCUCAAGUGGGGAGGACCAUUAGCUGUUCAGCAGUUGUGUGCAAGUGGUAUCCCUCUGCUUCUUGUUGAGUUGUUAGCCAACAACUCAAAUGCUUCUCAAGGGAUUGACAUCUCAAAAGAUCGAAUUGGGCUAUCCCCUAUAGGGGUUGUGUGGACAGUUUCAUCAAUAUGUCACUGCCUUUCAGGUGGAGCUUUAACUUUUCGUCAGAUUUUGGUUAGGAGUGAACACAUCAAGCUUAUUUGUGACCUAAUAUCUGAUGUACAUCUCAAGCUUGUAAACUGCUGGGGUGGGCCUGGUGGAGGGAAGGAUGGAGUCAGAGAUAUAAUAAAUGCAGUAGUAGAUAUCUUAGCAUUCCCUUUUGUUGCUAUACAGAACGGUCCUGGUUUGCCAUCUGCCACUGCUUCUGUAAACAGUGGGUUCCUUCUCAACAUGGGUUCACCAGGUGGGAAAGUAUGCAUGGAAGAGAAUAUGGUAAAAGUAAUUGAGGAAGAUUUGACAAAGUAUAUUAAAAUCCUUUUGGAGUUGGGAGUGCCUAUUCUUAUUCUUCUGUGUUUGGAGCAUGUCGAGUUAAAAGAUUUGGGAAGGCCUGUUGCGUUUCUUGCUAAAAUGAUAACCCAUCGACCUCUAGCAGUUCAACUUGUGAGUAAAGGCUUGUUAGAUUCAAAGACGAUGAAAAGGUUGCUUGAUAGUUCAUGCCCAAGAGAAGUCACGCUAGAUAUUUUGAUGAUAGUUUCUGAUCUAGCCCGCAUGGAUAAGGGAUUCUAUGAAUACAUCAAUCGGGCUUCUGUUUUAGAAUUUUUGAAGGAUUUUCUCACCCAUGAAGAUCCCAAUGUACGUGCAAAGGCUUGCAGUGCUCUGGGCAACAUGUGUCGGCACAAUUCCUACUUUUAUAGUUCACUAGCAAGGAAUCGGAUUAUUGGCCUCCUCAUUGAUCGAUGUGAUGAUCCAGACAAACGCACACGAAAAUUUGCAUGCUUUGCUAUUGGAAAUGCAGCCUACCAUAAUGACACACUGUAUGAAGAGCUCCGGAGAUCCAUUCCUCAACUUGCAAACUUGCUGCUUUCAGCAGAGGAAGACAAGACUAAGGCCAAUGCUGCAGGUGCAUUAAGUAAUCUUGUUCGCAACUCCAACAAGCUUUGUGAAGAUAUUGUAUCUAAAGGAGCCAUGCAGGCUUUACUGAAGUUAGUAGCUGACUGUUCUGUGGUAGCCCUGAACCCAAGUAGAAAAGAUGCUGUAAAUGAGUCACCAUUAAAAAUAGCACUUUUUUCUUUGGCAAAGAUGUGUUCACACCCACCGUGCAAGCAGUUUCUCUGUUCAUCAGAGUUGUUUCCAGUUAUUGGACGGCUUCGACAAUCCCCAGAAUCAACAAUUUCCCAGUAUGCCUCAGUCAUCAUUAGCAAAGUCUCUGAUGCCUGAGGGCCUAAAUUGAUAUGAUAAUGGAAGUCAGCUUGAUUUCCACUAAUCAAUCAUAGUGAUUGCCACCAUACUGUUGAAGGUUGAAAUAGAAAAUGUGAAGAAGCUGGCUUGCCAAAAACUGCUACUUAGUAAAUGGUGUAAAAUAGUCCUUGCACGCAUUUCUUGUAUAUGGAUUAAUUGUUCAAUGUUCCAACCAUAUCUUGUUCAUAUUAUGCAAUUGUGCAAGCUUGUUGGUGCACAUCUUUCUCGCAAAGGAUU